CACCACCAACCACCACCUCCACCACCACCACCACCAACCACCACCACCUCCACCACCUCCGCCACCUCCACCACCAACCAACCACCACAACCACCACCGCCAACCCCCAAGCUGCGGCGGCUCAGUAGGUUGCUCCUUGCGGCUCCUCGCUGGGAACGCACCAAGGCGUCGAAGGCGGCGAAGGCGGCGGCAGCGACAUCUGAGACGACUUCGCGUGUUCUCGGAGGCCCCGUCCCCGCCAUGCACCAGGCCGACUGGGGUCAAGGGGCCGCCCUGGAGCCCAACGGGGAAGGCCGCUCCGUGUCGGCCACGAGGGCAGGAGCCGCCGGCAGGGCGGCCGCGGCGGCGGCGGCGGCCGCGGCGUUGGGCCCCGCUCACCGAUUCGUCGACCACUUCUUCAAGAAGCCGACGUUCUGCGACAUCUGCCACCACAUGGUCGUGGGCAAGACAAACGAAGGUGAGAUCGCAAAGUACGGGUUGCGAUGCAAACUGUGCCGGAUCAACAUCCACCACAAGUGCAUGGAGAACUCCAAGGAAUGCUUCGGCAAAGUGCCACGUGGAUUCAAGAGGCAUUUCAGCACGCCGCUGGUGUUCAAGCAGCACGGAGUAUUACCCAUCGUCAUCGACGACAAGGUGGACCCGGACUACGAGACUCUGCGCAUCGGCAACUCCCUGUCGCACCGCAACAAGGGCAAGGGCGACGAGGACGACAAGAAGGGAGGACAAACUUCGGAGACAUCGCAAGACAACGACGUGGAGAGUGAAUACUUGGAGAACGAAAAUGAAAACGAUGAAGUGUUCGAGAACGCCGAAAACAUGGAGCAGAACUCGGACGAGACAAAGGGCAAGAAGCCGGGCAAGGACACGGUGACCUCGGCCUUCACCUACGUGGCCCUCUACCGCUUCCAGUCGCAGGAGAAGGACGACCUCGACCUUCACCCUGGGGACCGGCUACAGGUCACUGAUGACUCCAACGAAGAGUGGUGGAAGGGCAAGAUCGGCGAGCGAGUCGGCUACUUCCCCGCCAACUUCACGCUGAAGAUCCGCACGACGGAGCGUGUGUUUCGCUGCGUGCGCACAUUCGUGGGCAACCGCUACCUGGGCCAGAUCACGCUCAAGCAGGACCAGAUCUGCGUGGAGAAGGGCGGAGGCAGCAACGGCUUCCUGGCCGUGACGAGUGGCAGGAAGAAGGGCCUGGUUCCCGGCGACUUCCUCGAGCAGAUCUAACGGCGCCACCACAACGGGACACGGGGUGGUGGUGGUGGUGGUGGGCGGUGGUGGUGG